CUCUCUGGUCAUCUCGUACAAAUGUCUGGUGUUCUAACUUCUGUGGUUAUUGGUGCUAAAGCCAAGCAUACAGCUACGGUUGUGUGGCUUCACGGCCUCGGUGACAGUGGAGCUGGUUGGUCGUUCCUCGCAGAAGAACUCUCACCUUUGUUUCCCUUUGUGAAAUGGAUCUUGCCUAACGCACCUACCAAGCGCAUCACGCUGAAUGGAGGUUAUCCCAUGCCUGCUUGGUUUGAUAUCUUGGGUUUGGACCGAUCCAGUUUGGAACAUGAAGACCAAAAGGGCAUGCUCGAGUCAAUGGCUGCAGUGAAUCGCGUUAUUCGAGAGGAAGUUGAUAGUGGUAUUCCUGCCGAUCGUAUCGUUUUGGGCGGUUUUUCUCAGGGAUGUGCUCUUUCCCUGUUGAGCGGUUUGACCUCUGAAUAUAAGCUUGCCGGUAUUGUUGGAUGCAGUGGUUGGCUUGUGAUGGCUGACAAGAUCAAAUCGAUGGUUGCUGAAGCGAACAAGAAGACGCCCAUUUUAAUGUGCCACGGCGAUGCAGAUACUGUGGUGCAGUACAAGUUUGGCCAAGAAUCGGCUGAUCACCUGAAGCAAAUGGGCUAUAACCUCACUUUCAACACCUAUCCCGGUAUGGCUCAUUCGGCAUGCCCCAAAGAAUUAAUCGACAUCUCGGACUUUUUGAAACAGCGUUUCGCAGCCUAGACUAUGUAAUUAUACACCCAUGUGCAUCCAUCCUUCCAACCAAGGGAAAAUAUAUAUAGAAAAGAAGCGCAAAGGAACUUCUGUACCAUGAUUCAUUAUCUUUCGGAUUGUACCACGGAAGUGUUGCAAAUCGGUCUGGAGAGGCACAGUUCGGAUCAACAGCUGAUCACUAGAACGGACAAUGCGGGGUAAACCCAAUCGAGAUAAAGAGAGAGAGAGCGAGAGCGAGAGUAAGAGAGAGGGAACACCGUAUAUAGUAAUGUAGCAGCAACG